AUGAUGAAACAGUACUAUCCUCUCGCAACACUAUCAUUAUGGGGGAAAUUCAAACAUCUGGAAGGGGGAGAUAUAAUGGUUGCUGCGGCGUUGACAAAAUCACGGCCAGAUAUGCGGGAUGCCACUUUCAUUCAAUAUGAAGCUCUGGCAGAUAAAUUUGCUCACCAGCGUCGUUGA